UUUCCCAUUCCAUUUCAACAGGUACCAGAAUGAAACUCAAUUAAUUGAAUGAAACUCGACAACAGUAGGUUUAGUUCCCUUUAUCGGCAAUUCGAUUGAAACAGAAAGCAACAAAGAAUGAAGAAGCAUUCAGCGAAGAUUGACUGUCUUCAACGAUAUCAAGGAUGCUUUCAUUUCAAUUCUUCACAUUGCUCCUGUCCAUGUUUGUUUUUCAGAUUUGUCAUCCAGAAAUUCUACGAUUGAGCUGCAAGUUCUAUGGAGAUUUCAAUAUAGUUCUGGCUGGCUUUGCAGAUACAGGUUCCACUUUAAAGACACUAGUCUCUCAAAGCAGACGUCAAUGCGUUUUAGAGUGCCUCUCAUUUCAAGCCUGCCAGGCAGUUAAUUUUAAGAGCAAUGGUGGUGAUUGUGAGCUGGUUGGCCGAGGUUUGAGUAACGCAUUGGUUGCAAAGGCAGGCUGGGUUUAUUUGACAACUGAUGACCUCGAAAUCAAUGUUGGCCCAACAUGCAAACUUCUAGCUCCAUGUCGAAACCGGGCCAAGUGUACAGACACCUGCUCCGGAUUGGGUUACAAGUGCACAUGUGACAACAUGCACACUGGGGUUCAUUGCGAAAAAGACCAGGAAUUUGCAAGCUGCAAAAAUGUGUACGACUCUGGCUUUACAUCAAGUGGAAUUUAUAAACUGCAAGGAAUGGGCUUCCAUUACUGUCACAUGGAGACGCUUGGGGAAUGCACUGGACCAGGCUGGACCCUUCUAAUGAAAACACAUGGGACUAAGAACACCUUUGGCUACACUGCUAACUAUUGGACGUCAAGCAAUGUAUACAACCAAGUCUACGGUUUAGCGGGAGGUCUAAAUGGCGAAGAAGCAAAGUUUGAAGCAUUUAAUCGCAUGGCCUUCAAUGAAGUAUGUCUUGGCUUUACAGCCUCAGGAACAUCACAGUAUGUAAAGAUAUCAAAAUCUGCCACGUCAUUUCUAAGCGUAGCUGCUGGAGGAUUCUCAGGCACGUCAGUUGCACGCUCAAAGUGGCUCAGUCUAGUUUCUGGCAGCCAUUUACAGCCUGGCUGCAACUUACAGGGUUUCAAUGCACAUGGUAUAGUUCGUAUUGGCAUUCUUGCAAACAACGAGAAUGACUGCAUCACCCCUGAUUCGUACAUUGGCAUUGGGAUGACUGUAGCAUAUUGCAGCCCAAAGACGGCUGUUCAUGGCAAUAAAGCCUGUUAUGAUUCUUCAUAUGAUAAACCAGCAAAUGCCGUUUUGCUUGUGAAAUGAAAAGAAUAUACGCUGUACAAAACUAGAAGAAAAUUAUACAAGAGACAAUAUAAAGCACUAAUGACAGAGUGAGGUCAAGUGACCUACCAGUGCACACACAGUUGAUGAGAGUUAUUUAUUAUUUCAUGAACUGUUGGAAAGAAACUUUAGACAAGAGCUGUAUUUAUUGCAAUUUUUCACCAGCACGGCCUUCUAAAUGAGACAUGCCUGUCCUGUUUCCACCACAUAUUCGUUCUACCUGGUGAAAUUUUUAUUUUCAAAACUGGACCAGUAUAAAUGAUAACAACUUGAUCAGAAAAUGUGGAGAAAUGAUACAAUUGGUAAUGUAAUGUAAUGUAAACAACAAAGUCUUUCAAGCUGAUUCAAGGCCAAUGAAAGUUACUAGAUAAGCAAGCCAUAACAAUACGGUAAGAAAUUCAAGAGAAAAUCAAAUAGCUGGUGACAUUGUUCAUAUCUUACAAAAACUGAGUUUCUUUCAAAAGAAAGGAAAGAGUGAGAUCAAAGCAAAAAGAGGAACCAUUAAUCUCGAUCUGCCCGCUUCGUGAAUAAUGAAUCAUAAAUCACAGAUACCAAAAAUAGUGAAAGGCUAAGGUAGAAUCUUCACAGCGUUUCUCUCAGCAUCGAUAUUCGGAAUAGCUCUUUCUUUACAAAGGAAAUUGUGAAAAUAAAAAAGUUUUGAAAGAAAGCUAUCAUCAUGGAGGGUUUUAAAUUGUUUACAGCAGCCUUUUCGGAUUAGCCUCUGUUUGAACAGCCUCUAGAAUCAGUUAUUCGGGAGCCCAUGGCUCUAUCUAACACAUAACAAUAUCAAAAAUAUGACUAAAAGAACGUGUUUGAACUGAGUAUUAUAGGACAAAGUCUAAAUUACUGUGACUAAUGGUCUCUUAUGUGCUCAACAACAGGCUUUUUAAUUUGAUAUUUUUGUGUCUAAUCAACACAUUUUGGCUGAUACUUUUGGGUCUGUAAAUUUUUUUCCAAUAGUGUCACUAGAAAUACCGUUAUGUCAUAGAGUAGUUAGAUUAAUAGGAAAAAGUAAACUUUCGCGUCUCAGUUAUUCAAGCAGUUAAAUCAAGACUAAAUUCCUUUAAAGUUAUUUUAUCCUAUUUCUUUUAAUACAUGAACUUUUGACAAAAUAUAUAAACUUUGGUUCCCUGACCUUCUAUGACUUGUUGAAUUCAAGUUUGAAAAGAAAAAGGGUAGCUAAAUGAAAUCAUAAUUUUAUUGCAGACCCUGGCGAACAUCUGUCACACGGUUUUGCCAUUAAGAAGGCAUAUUGAAUUUGUGGGAGAAUAUCCAGAAAACCUCUAACUUAUGCAAUAUUUCCCAUAUUAAAAUAUCCCUUACUUGUUAUGGCGCAAUAAUAUAAGCUGAGCCUCUCAAACGCUAGGACGGUGUAUGGAAAACAAUGUACCCCGUUAUCUUUUCUUCAGAUUGCAGAAGAUCCAUAGACAACAAACAUUUUUGAAGGGGAGGUGGGGUGGGUUUGGGGGCCAGGGCACUUAAAUGGAGCCUAAGAAAUCAAUAGCAGAGUAGCUUAAUGUUUAUUGACUCUAGUUUUACUUUAGUUAGCAAAGCCUAAAAUUACCUAAGCAGCUAGAAAAAAUUUAGUUUACUUUGGAUCUACCCUCCCAUAUUAACGUUACAUAUAACAGAGCGGCGCUGAACCAAAUAUAUCUGUCGCAAGGGCCUAUUUUAUUCUAUUGUAUAUUAAUUGUGUCAGAAUAAGUACCCUUUAGCAUAGUUUCUAUUAACUAGGCGUACUUUUUCAUUUUAUAACCAGAAGUUUCUUUCACGAAGCUGAACAGAACAAGUCAAGCUAGAAUCUAAGCGUGCAGAGAAACGUUUACAAGACUUUCUUCGCACGUCAACUACAAGUUUAAUGUGUUAUUUGAUUAAGCUUUCUGCAAACAAGAAUUGUAACAGUUCACCUUGAUAACUAUUUAAUGUUUUUGUAACUUUUCAUGUAAUUGUUAUUGUUAUCCAGCAAAUGUUCAGUACAAGAUUUGCCGAUGAUUUGCUUAAUUAUUCAUCUGGCCAGCAUGUGGAGUACGAUUGUGUCUAUCACCUACUCAAAAAAUAAGUUGGACACCCCUGCCAAAGUUUUUUUACAUUUUUGGUGAUUAUAAUGAUCGGUUUCUUAUCGGCAGUUUCUUUAAAGAUUAUGCGUGUACUAAUCAUUGUAGUGUUUUGGGUUCUGGCUUUUGCUUUUAGUCCCUAUUCCUAUAUAACAUUUUCUGUAGGCUUAUCAUCAGUGGCGUAGCUUGGACUUCCAAACUAGAAGGGUACAGGGUCACCAAUAAUAAGAUUUACUGACGAAGACUGAUAACGCACUUACACACUGAUAACGACUUUUUAUGAAUGCCAAGAGAUUGGUUCUAAAGGCAUCGCUUCAACACCUGAAAAUUAAUCUUUAAAUGCAGGUAUUUCGUGUAAUUGCACUGAUUUGCAAACAAUACUAAGUAUCAAUUCUUUUCAAUUUGUCACUGUUUUGCCUUCUUCUUUAUCAAAAUUAGCUUUAUUUAAAAGAAACAUUUCAGGAAUUGUACGGAAAUUUUGAGCACUCAAAUUUUGGAAUCUUCUUUCGAAAUCUCUUACAAGAAUAUGAAUGAAUGAAACAACAGCUAAACCUCCAGAGCAUUUUUCUGCCAAUAAUCAAGUUCUUGUAAGUCCUGUAGUUGUUUCAAUAAACAAAAUAGGGCUUUUCCACCUCAAAAUUCUACUGUAAACUAAAUGUCUUCAUGGACAACAUGUUUUACAAAUGUAAACUUGUUUCUACCUGGCCCAAAAGUCAAUUAACAAGAAUCUUGAAAGCCUAAUCCAAGAAAAAUCAGGUUCAUUGAGAGAUACUUUCUCUGAGGUAGCCUGCUUGCCACAAAUUAACAUCUCCGUCACUUCCAUGUACAAAUAUUAAAGAUAUGGAAAGGGAAUAGGCUCUUAAUAAGAAACAGUGUAGUUGUUUCAUUACAAUGUUGGAAAAAUAUAUUAAUAAGUUCAUUAUUUGGU